AUGCAGGAGGACAACUCGCUGCCGGCGUGCGAGCCCAGACGGCUUGCUUCAACUACGUCUGCACUCGUCCAACCCUCUUCCUCAAACCAGGGUUCGCCCGGCAAGCAGCCGGAGAGUGCUAAGCUAGCUACUGGGGACAAUCGUAAGCUUGACUCUGCCUCAAACGAGUUUUUCAAAAGUGCCGAAUGGUCCCCUGAUGGUACCACAAUUCUGACAGACUCUUCGGACUACCACAUAAGAACCUACAUUGUCCCCGCGGAUCUUCUCGAAGAGAGACAGUCUCCCCAUCAACUAUCUCCCUACUCGGUUUUAGCUUCUGGAGAGCCAACCUAUGCAUCAACCUUUUACCCCUUCUACUCACUUCAGGAGCCAUCUUCUGCCGUGUUCCUAUCGUCUGUCAGAGACCAUCCCAUCCGUUUGGCUUCUGCUUUGGCUCCAACAUUGCUGGCCACUUAUUCACUUGUAAAUCCAAUGACUGAGGCCUUCAUAACACCUCAUUGCAUUCUUUACCCGCCUGCCUUGGGCGGAACCCACUUCCUUACUGGAUCAGAUAGCCUCAUAUGUCUCUUUGAUGUUUCUCGACCUGGGAAUGAGGGUCCCGUUUCUUGGAUGCCCACAAUACCGAGCAAGCGCAAGCAGUUGAUAGGUGGAGGGGUUGGGAUGAAAGGUAUAGUAUCUGCCCUGGCAUUGAGCCCGAAUGAGGGCGGAAUCCUAGCGGCUGGUACGUUUUCGCGCAAUAUUGGCCUCUAUGAUUCCAACGGGGCAGGACAGUCCCUUGGGUCUUUCAAUAUUUCGAAGACUGAAGCCGCUCGCCAUAUUGGUGGAAGUGGAGUUACUCAACUUCUCUGGAGCCCCUGCGGACGAUAUCUUUAUAUUGCUGAGCGCAAGAGCGACGGUGUCAUGAUUUAUGAUAUUAGAGUCACCGGACAACUUUUGGGAUGGCUUCAAGGACGCAAUACUUCUACGAAUCAAAGGAUGAAGAUCGAUCUGGUUCCAACAGGGGAGGGCGAUGGGCAUGGGAUUUGGGGUGGUGGAACGGAUGGUGUAGUGAGAUUCUGGAGAGAUCCGACGCACUCUGCUGGUGCACAAGAUCCUACUUGGGAAUGGAAGCUCCAUGAUGACUCACUCAGCAGCACUGUAAUGCAUCCAAUUGGGAACAUUUUGGCCACGACGUCUGGCCAGAAGCACUUCAAAGACUACACUGAUAUGGGCGGACUUCCCUCGACUCUACAGGCUGAUAGCUCGCUGGACGUGUGGCUUCUCCCUUGCGUAUCUGGAUCAACGACAAUAUAG